AAUAAAUUUGAAAUGGGAUAUUUUAUAGUUCGUUGUUGGUACACUUGUAUUUUUGGUCGGCUUCUAUUUAUUUUAAUCGUUACUUAGGUACCUCUAUGGCUCUAGUUUCUACCAUCUGCUCUCUGGAUACAAUAGAAUGUUAUUUAUUGGAUGAGCAUUUAUAAUAUUUUUUCACUUCUAUUUUUUUCUUUAAGAAAUCAAUUGGUGAUAGUGAUUUGACUUAACACCAACCAUUAAAAUGUCACAGAAGUCAUCGAGAGAAGGUGGUGCUCUUAGAAACUCUUCGCAAUCAGACGAGUCCACAGCCAGCACGACUAACAGUGAUUUGAGCGGAAGAACGGUGAUUAUAAGACCGUCAUCCAGCAGUUUUCGGGAGAAACACGAGAUAAAAAACUCGAACGAUUUGGUGACUUAUAGUGACCGUGGUGACUUGGAAGCCAAAAACUCUAAAUUGUCUCAAAAACUCCAUUCUUUGGAGAAAGUUUCAACACAGGAGGUGUCCAAUUCAUUGCAUGAUCCUUAUGAUCUUCAUCAUAUACAUGGGCUUAGAAACCGCUUGUUUAAAACAUUUAAUGAAUUUUCUACUAUUUUAAAAAAUGCACUUUUGCCACCAGUUUUAAAAAGUGCUAAAAAAGUAAAAAUUAAAAUUAAAGAAUGUGAUUUACAACCAAAUAAUAACUUACUUGAUUUGAAUUUACUGCUAUCUGAAAUUAAAAAAGAAUCAAAAAAUAAAAACCUGCACAAUAAAAAAAACAAAACCAAUGUCACAUUAAGAAAAGAUUUUCAAAUUAAAUUAAUUAAAUGUUAUAAAUUAGCAAUCAAUGCUACUACGAUAUGUACCAAGACCUUGGAGGCUGGAAUUUAUAAUCCUAUUCAAAGUAAAAUGAAAAAUUUGAUACAAAUUAUAUCAGCUCUAUCAUUAAUUGCAGGAAAAUAUUUAUAUGGUGAAAUAUAUAAGAAAAAAAAGAAAGAAAGUUUUGAUUUAGUUGAACAUUGUAAAGAUUUAGAGAUUAUGUUGGAGGAAUGUGAUUAUAAAGACACAGACAAUAACAAUCAUAGUAAUAAUAGUAAUAGCAAUAUAAUAAAUGAGCUUUCUAAUAAAGCUUUAAGUAAACCCAAAACCCAAUUGUUUUCGGCCAACUCAAAUCGAUUAAGUAUGUAUAAUCAUGAUAAACCAAAAUUGGGAUCAAACUAUGCUCAGGCAUGGUCAAAAAAAUCAAUUGAAACAACAAGAAGUAAAGAUUUAUUAAAAAAAGACAGUAACAUAAAAACUGAAAAUAAUUUAGAUAAUAUCAAAACUGUUAUAGAAGAAUAUCCAUUUGGAGAAUUAAAUGAAAAAAACUAUUCACUGUUUUUUAAAGAAUUACAAGAUGAAAAAUUAAUUUAUAAUGAAGAAAUUGAAUAUCCAACUACUUCAAAAAUAUUAAAAACAAACCAAUUAAAAACAACCAGUAAUGUUGGUCUAUGCAUUGUAAAACAUAAUAUUUGGAAAAACUUUCCUAUUAAAAAUCUAAGAUUUUCUUCAAAUGAAUAUAUGCUUUUAAACAUUACUUCAAAGCAAGCUAAAGAACAUUAUAUAUAUAAAAAAGAAUUCAAACAACAAUUACUAAAUAUAGAACACAAUAUUAAUCUUUUAUCCAAUAUUACAGAAUCAAUUACGGACGACCUGAUAAAUGAAGCUUUAUUAAAAAUUAAUUUUAAUGCUAUCUUUGAUGAGAUAAUUAACAAUUUAAUUGGAAUGGAACUGUUUCAAGUAUCUUAAAGUUACAUUCAAAUCAAUUAUAUUAAAAU